AUGGCUGCCACCCUCACUGCACUCUCGGAGUUUGAGCGCCUCAGCCCGGCCGUCAUCCGCAUCCUCGGCGGGAACCCUGGCAAAUUCACGUUGCAAGGCACAAACACUUAUCUUGUGGGCAAAGGCCCCAAGCGCCUUCUGAUUGACACUGGCCAGGGUAUGCCCGCCUGGCUAGCCUCGCUCAAGAAAGUCCUCAAGGAAGAAAACGCUUCCGUCGAGCAUGCAAUCCUCACCCAUUGGCACCCGGACCACGUCAAAGGCGUUCCCGACCUGUUGUCCUUCUCGCCCGCCACCAAGGUUUACAAGAACCAGCCGGAUGAGGGAACCCAGCUCGAUAUUGCUGACGGCCAGCGCUUCGAGACCGACGGCGCCACCUUGCGGGCAUUUCACUGCCCCGGUCACACGACAGACCACAUGGCCUUCAUCUUGGAAGAAGAGGACGCCAUGUUCACUGGCGACAACGUGCUCGGCUCCGGCACCGCCGUCUUCGAGGACCUGGCCACCUACAUGAACAGCCUUGGCCGCAUGGCGCAGCAAUUCGCCGGCCGCGCUUACCCAGGCCACGGUCCUGUGAUUGAAGACGGCAAGGCCAAGGUGCAGCAGUACAUCAAGCACCGGCAGGAGAGGGAGGCGCAGGUCCUCGAGGUUUUAGCCAGGUCGAACGGGCAUCUGUCGAGCUGGAAAUCCAUGCAGAUUGUCAAGGACAUCUACAAAGACGUCCCGGAGACGCUGCACGAGGCUGCACAGAGGGGAGUGUUGCAGGUGCUCGGUAAAUUGACGACUGAGGGAAGAGUUGCUCAUGACCCUUCGUUGGAGACGUGGAGCUUGGCUGGUAAGUCUGCUCUAUAG